AUGAUAUCGAAAGAGAAGAUUUUUUUUGAAGAAAAUCAAGAUAAAUUGGAAUAUGAUGAUGUUUCUAUUGAACCAUGUGUUUUUAUUUCUCCAGCUGUAUCAACCUUGAGUAUUGAUGAUUUAUCAAUUAAAAAAAGUUCAUUGGAAAAAAAUAUCAGUUGCUUUACUCGUUUUUCUGGUAUAAUCUAUACAUUAACAUCAUCACUUAUUUUUACUUGUACAGCAUUUUCAAUAAAACAAUUAGGUAUUGAUUUACUUGAUGCAUUCUUUUUACGUUUUAUUGUUCAAAUAUCAAGUAUACUUUUAUUUGCACUAUAUAAACAUUAUCCAUUAAUUUCUGGUACAAGUACUCAAAUAUUUUUACAAAUUCUAUGUUGUACAACAGGUGCUGGAUGUUUUGUCUUAUAUUUUUUUGCUGUACGUUAUGUUGAAUUAUCUGAUGUAACAACUAUAUUUUAUACAAGGGUAGUUUGGACAGUUGUUUUUAGUAUUAUUAUUUAUCGAGAACGGCCAUCAAUAGGUUCAUUGAUUGCUUUACCUCUUACUAUAUUUGGUGUUAUUUUUGUUAGUCAACCAAGUUUUUUAUUUUCAUCAACAAAUCCUUCGAUUAUUAUUGUUAAUAGUAAACAUCGUUUACUUGGUCUUUCUCUAGCGUUUGCUAGUGCAUUAGCAUCAUCAGCAAAUGUUCUAUCAUUUAAACAACUUGUUUCAACAUCUAAACCAAUCAAACCAAGUAUAGUUAAUCUUCAGUACUGUGUAGCUAUAUUUAUUUUUCUUACUAUUUAUCAAUCAUAUAAAACAUUUUUUCUUCAUAAUGGUCUCACAUUUAAUUAUAUUCUAUCAUGGCGAUAUUUAUUAGCAUCUAUACUUUGUCUCACUAUGAUUAUCUCAAAUAUUUUAUCACAAACAGCUAUUAAACGUGAACAUCCAGCUAUAUUUUUACUUCUUGCUUCAGCUGAUAUCAUUUUUUCAUUAAUUCUUCAAAAUAUUUUUACAAACAAACGAUCAAAUUUAUUUGCAUUGCUUGGUUCAGCUUUGGUUAUUCUUAGUGUAGUUAUUCUUGGUUUAUCAAAAAUUAUUACUGAACGACGUGCACAAAGGAAAAUUGAAUUGAUGGAUAUUGAAUCUAUGAUCAAUGAUUUUAAAGAAAAAAAAUAA